GCUGCGCCUCGCACACCGCAGCGGGACUCCAGCGAGUAAACAGGUGGUUGUUCCUGCCCACAAAAGGCAGUUUCGGAUAACCUUCACAGCCAGAACAAACAACGAAAAACGUCAUGUGCGACGACGACGUUGCAGCCCUUGUGAUCGACAAUGGCUCCGGUAUGUGCAAGGCUGGCUUCGCCGGAGACGAUGCUCCGAGAGCCGUGUUCCCCUCCAUCGUGGGAAGACCACGCCACCAGGGUGUUAUGGUUGGCAUGGGACAGAAAGACAGCUACGUUGGAGAUGAAGCCCAGAGCAAGAGAGGUAUCCUGACCCUCAAGUAUCCCAUUGAGCACGGUAUUGUCACUAACUGGGACGAUAUGGAAAAGAUCUGGCAUCACACCUUCUACAACGAGCUGCGUGUGGCACCAGAAGAGCACCCUGUGCUGCUGACUGAAGCUCCCCUGAACCCCAAGGCCAACAGGGAAAAGAUGACACAGAUUAUGUUCGAGACCUUCAACACACCCGCCAUGUACGUUGCCAUCCAGGCCGUGCUGUCUCUGUACGCCUCUGGCCGUACCACCGGAAUCGUGUUCGACUCUGGUGACGGUGUGUCCCACACUGUGCCCAUCUACGAGGGCUAUGCCCUGCCCCACGCCAUCCUCCGUCUGGACUUGGCCGGCCGUGACUUGACUGACUACCUGAUGAAGAUCCUCACAGAGCGUGGCUACUCUUUCACCACCACUGCCGAGCGUGAAAUCGUUCGUGACAUCAAGGAGAAGCUGUGCUACGUUGCCCUGGACUUCGAGCAGGAGAUGCACACGGCUGCCUCUAGUUCCUCCCUGGAGAAGAGCUACGAGCUCCCCGACGGUCAGGUCAUCACCAUCGGCAACGAGCGGUUCCGUUCUCCAGAAGCCAUGUUCCAGCCCGCCUUUCUGGGCAUGGAGAGCUCUGGCAUCCACGAGACCACGUACAACAGCAUCAUGAAGUGCGACGUGGACAUCCGUAAGGAUCUCUACGCCAACACCGUGCUGUCUGGAGGCUCCACCAUGUUCCCCGGCAUCGCCGACAGGAUGCAGAAGGAGGUGACGGCACUGGCUCCGCCCACCAUGAAGAUCAAGAUCAUCGCUCCCCCAGAGAGGAAGUACUCUGUAUGGAUCGGUGGCUCCAUCCUUGCCUCUCUGUCCACCUUCCAACAGAUGUGGAUCAGCAAGCAGGAGUAUGACGAGUCUGGCCCCAGCAUCGUGCACCGCAAAUGCUUCUAGGAGGCGAACUUUGAACUCGAAAUAUCACAUUGGCCUUCAGUCUGGCUUUCUUUCAAAACCUAUAAGACUGUGAAAAACUGUAUGACUGUGGAGACAACACGUGUCCUUUUUGACAGCUUAAUCAACAAAAGAACAAAUUCAUCACGAUUUUACCUUUUGGUCCAGGGUAUCUGUAAUUUGCUCUGUUAUUCAGCAGAAUGAACUCAACGAAUGAUUGAGUAAAAGCAUAACGUCAAUAUCUGAGGCCAUAUUCAAAUUAUAUAUUGUAUUCACGGACGAAUGUGUUGAGUGCUGCUGGGUUUAUGCCAACAUGGGUGAAAUACUUGGGUGGAUAGAAAGUAAAACUUGUUUCUUUGGGUAAAGAUAAUUUCCUAUUCCAUGGUAACGUUUUCUUGCGAUUGGGUGAGUAUUACACUACUGCCUUUGUUUGAAACGACAAAUUGAUUCCUACAACACUUACGUAUUCACAAGUACAUUAUACCAUAUUACAUGUGUUUUAAACUUCUAUAAAUGUACGAAAGUCAUAAAGAAA